UACACACAGUCAAACUGUAUUCAGUAUCUUAAACCCACAGGGAGGAACUGUGGUUCGCGCUGAUGUUUCUCCUCCUCUGCAAGACGUUCACCCCCCUAUCUGGCUCCGCUCCUCUGUUUGACAGCAUCUUCUCUCAAAUCAUCCAUCCAUCUGUCAGCCACCUGCAGAUGAUCUGCACGGAAGCCGCAACAUGAGCAUGAGGAAACUGAGUUUAAAGUGGUUCGGCAGCCUCACCAACCUCUCUUUUCGCCGCUCCGGUGACAAACCUGACUCCAAGUCUUCUCAGUCAAAGUCCGGGUGUGAGCCGGGAGAUGGAGGCGACCGUGCCACUGACUCCACAAAGAUCCUGGCUCCAGUUGUCGAAACAACAGUGGACGACCUGGAUGGCAUGCGCCCUCGCACAGCCAGCUACGUCCGCUCCAGCGAGAGCUACACACACAUGGGCACGCUGCCGCGGCUGCUGAGGAUGAAGAGGGACAAGAAAGGAGGCCCCAGCAGCUGUAAGAAGAGCAAAGACAAGGACCGCAUGAGCAGAAGCCAAAGCCAGCGACCUUUAGGGUUCAAAGACCGUGACCCCCCGAGAUUCAAAGCCGUCUCAUCCCAAGCGGAUGGAGCCGCAGUCAAAGCUGAAACUGGACCCAAUCAGGACUCUCUCACUGACGUCCAGGCGCAGCCUGAACCUUCGAGUGAAAUCAAUGCCACAAACACCCAAACCAUCGUCUCUGCUCCCACGGCUGUCUGCAAAGAUGUGGCGCCAUCCGGUGGCUCGAGUGCAACACUCCAACCCUUGGAUCCUGAAGAGACUUCAUCACCUCCAAUCAACCGGGGGGAUGAGCAGACUGAGACUCAUGAGGAUGAUGGGACAGCGUCCAGCCAUGACGUGGAAACGAUGAGGGUCACAUGGAGCAGAGAGUUGACUGACGGAGCACGUGAAGGAGACCAAAGCAGCAUUAACAGUCACAUGGAGCCAUCAGAAAGCCACGCUGAAUAUGUCCAGUUCUCCAAGGAGAAGUACCUGCUGGAGUCCCCCCCAGAGAAACUUCGCAAGGAGCUGGAGGAGGAGCUGAAGCUGAGCCCUGCUGACAUCAGGAGCCAUGGCUGGUACCAUGGGCACAUACCCAGAGAGGUGUCAGAGACUCUGGUUCUGCGUAAUGGGGAUUUCCUGGUGCGUGACUCUCUGACCAGUGUGGGCGACUACGUUCUGACCUGUCGAUGGAACAAUGAGGCGCUGCAUUUCAAGAUCAGCAAAGUCCUGGUCAAAUCCAACGAGACCAAGGUGCAGUACAUGCUGGAGACGGACAGUUUUGACUCGGUCCAGGAGCUUGUGCGCUUCUACAUUGGCCAGCGCAAGCCGGUCUCCCAGUCCAGCGGCGUCCACAUCUACUGUCCCGUAAGCAGGACUCUCCCACUGCGCUACCUGGAGGCCACGUUCGCCCUGGCCAACAGCAAGCAAGGCUCGGCCUACUCGCCGUCCAAUCAGAGGGGGGCGUACAUCAAGAGGCGGAGCGUCACCAUGACCGAUGGGCUGACGGCCGAGAAAAUGAUGCCACACAGCCCGUCGACAAUCCACCACCACAAAGACGCAAUGCGGAACUGUGCAAUGAGCAUGGACCAGAUUCAGGAGUACCGCUGCCCUCUGUCACCUGUUGGGGAGACCCCACUGUCUCCUGCGUACAGUGUUAUUACCAGGCAGAGAGCCCUCUCAGGCGGCAGGAUGCUGGCUGUCGUCCCACCCUCCCCUGUGAUGCGUCACUCCAGCGACCCUCAGCUCAGCCCCUUGGCCAGCAACAACCCCCCAGAGCAUCCCGCUCACACCUCUCACUCGGCGCACUCCUCACCCGCCCAUCAUCCCAGCUACCAAUCACAUUCCUCAGAAACGGCAGGGAGCUACUGUGACCUCAGACCUUGCCCCGCGGGGCCCCCCAAGCCCCCGACUAAGGGCUACGUGGAGCGACUGCGAGUCGAGGAAGGGAGCCAGGAGGGAGCGAGGGAGGAAGGAGAAGGGAUGUUCUGCCUCCCACAGGUGGAAACAACAUCCUCGUUCCGGCCAUCCAGGUAUGAGUCUUGCCUCAUGCCGGCUGAGAAUAAGCCUCUGGAGAUGUCGGUGCUGAAGAGAGUCAAAGAGCUGCUGGCUGAGGUGGACGCAAGGACCGCAGCUAAACACAUCACCAUGGUGGACUGCAAGGUGGCUAGAAUAUUGGGCGUAACCUCAGAGAUGCAAAGGAUGAUGGGAUUGUCCUCGGGGCUGGAGUUACUGACACUUCCACAUGGACACCAGCUGAGACUUGACCUACUGGAGAGAUUCUACACCAUGUCUAUCAUGAUGGCAGUGGACCUGCUAGGCUGCACAGGGAGCACAGAGGAGAGAGCGGCCCUGCUCCAUAAGACCAUCCAAUUAGCAGCCGAGUUGAAAAGCAACCUGGGCAACAUGUUCGGCUUUGCUGCCGUGAUGAGAGCCCUGGAGUUGCCCCAGAUUUCCCGCCUGGAGCAGACGUGGGUGACGUUACGGCAGAGACACACAGAGGGCGCCAUUCUGUACGAGAAGAAACUCAAACCCUUCAUGAAGAAUAUGAAUGACGGCAAAGAGUCCAGUGCUUUGUCCAACACCUCCUUCCCCAACAUCAUCCCCGUCCUGUCCCUGCUGGAGCGCGGCGUGGCUCUCGGGGAGGCGCUGGAGCCGUGGGAGAGUGCCGAGGUUGGAGUAGACGUGGUCAUGUACCACUUAGAGGCCGCUCGCACCAUCGCACACCACGGGGCAAUCUACAGAACCAACGCCGAGGCCAAACUGCAGGGACUCCCGGAGCGAGCAGAAAUACACGAGAUCUUCCAGACGGAGUUUCAGAUGCGCCUCCUGUGGGGCAGCCGCGGCUCCGAGGGCAGCCAAUCGGAGCGCUACGAGAAGUUCGACAAGGUUCUCACUGCCCUAUCACACAAGCUAGAGCCUCCUGUGCGCCACAGUGAGCUAUAGCACAUACCCCCGUGCCCACCAAUCGAAGAAAAGAAAAAAACACCCCCGUCUGCACUCUCUACUCAUAGUCGUACGGUCUUGAUUUGCAUCACAGAGGAUGAUGUGGAAGAGUCCGGUAUGAGCACUGGGGGGGGGGUGAGUGUGAACGAAGAGGCAGCUAAAAGAGAAUGUGCAUUGAUGGUCACUCGCUUAAAUCACGUGUUGCACUGACUGUGGAAUCCAGAUAAGGCCAGGAGUUCCCUCUGCUCCUCCCUGUGGACUCCCUCACAUAGCGUUAAAAUAUUUUAAAUGGCGACAAAGAGAAGACAUGCUGAGUAGAAAAAGAAUAUGGGGGAGACGAGUGACCCGCUCGUCUGCUCGGUACAAAUAGUAACAUGUACGGUAUGCCCCGAGGGCCAAAACUGAGUUUGUCUUUGCUCCAAUAAAUCACAGAGACUUCAAACAACUGCUGUCGCACACUGUAGCAGAAAUGACAACAGUAACUUGACAUAGCUCAUACAUGAGAUAGAUGCUUUGACUUGUGUGAAUGAGUGUGUGCGUGUCCGUCUGCACACAUAUGUACGUAUGUUUACAUUCCUCCCUUUUUGGGUAUCAUUAAUGUUUCAUGUGGUUUUUUGUUGUUGUUGUUUUUGUCUUAUUUAUGAUCACAGAAUAUCAGAACAUUAUGGACGUUGCUUGGCCAAACUCAUGAGAAUGUGCCAGUGCUCCUUCCGAGGGAACCAUGUUCAUAAAACCCCAUCAAAUAUGUAUCAAGCAGUCCCAUUAAAUCCCAUUAAAAAUGUAUCAGGCAUGCAUUAAUAAAUGGAUCAGAAAUUAAACAUUUGCAAAAGAGAGGCUGCAACUUCUGCACGAGGGUUUUUGUGAGUUCAAAACAUCAAGAGGACAAAGCAAACCUCCCUCUGUUGUACAGUAGCUGUUUUGUGCACAAAGUCUCGCUGAACUCAUGUAUUUUGAGAUAGAAGAUAAAUUAGAUGUAUACUUCUAAAAUCGAGUUAAAGCAAUGUUUCACUUUACUCCAGCUUCAGUAAUCUUGAGCUGCAGUAUGCAGAAAUAAUUCAAAUGGGUAAUAAAUGUUGCAUCAAGUAAAAUUUUGCUUUAAACUAAUAAUUUGGAUAUAAAGAUGUGUCAAAAUUGAAAGUAUAAGGGUGAUUCAGGGAAGAAUUGUCAUUUCUGUGGAUGUUCUUUGAUUAUCCUGGAGAAAUUUUCUAACAUUCAACUUUUUUCAGUUAGGAAAUCUGAAUGAGGAAAAAACAUCAGAACUAAAUCGAGUAAGGACAUGUUGACCACAGCUGUGCUGCAGAGCAUGUUUUGCAAAUGAUUUGAAUUGUUUUGUUGCAUUUGGUUUAGAUUUUGGUUUCAUGUUCAUUGCUGUAUUUACAGUAUGUGACCCUGAGAUGGCUGGAGCCAACUCGCGGGCCUAUGCAACCGAGGAUCGAGUCUCCUAAAAGAGCAGACAGCCCUUCACAAUAAUUGUUUUCAAACUGUUUUCAAACGUUUUUUCGCAUUUCACGUGUCACCUCCUUUUUGAAAUGUUUAUUCUUUAGUGUUCCAAAACUAUUCCUGUCCAAACUGGCAAUCAGAAGUAUAAAUUAAAGUCAUAUCAGGUAUCGAAUAAUUCCAAAUAUACAUAUAUAUCAUAUCAUGUAUGUUUGAUUGUCCCACUUUCUCGUCUGAACCGUGUUUGGGAUGAGCUGAGAUCAGAGGAGUCAUGUGCCAGUUCCCACUGUCGUCCAACAGGGGGUGAUCUUUAGUCAGGAUUAAAACGCUGAAUCAAUAAUUGUAAUACAGUAUAACAGGAAGACAAACACACACACACACACACACACACAGUAAAAGCAUUUAUGUGUGUUUUGAGACCAAGAGGAUGCCUGCUGGUUUGGGUUUGAUAUGUGCUAACUGAUGAUGAAAAAGUGAUGAUGAUGAUGAUGAUGUAAUGUUUUUUUUAUUUGUCCUCUGUUGAAUGGUGUACAGGAAUGAUCGGACUGUAUGUGGACUCCCCUGUUAUGUGAAACAGGGCAGUGUGAGAUGAACCUGAAAAGCAAAAAGAUAAGAAAUGAUUAAGGUCUGAUCUCAUGUUUUUUUUACGCACUGUACAUAACGAUUCACUUUUUUUUCAAAUAAAACGAUUGCUUGUCUCAGUGAA